AUGGCUAUGGCACUGCAGAUCACCACAUUUGUCCAGCAAUGGCUGGAGUCACGACCCAGCGCAAAGUCGGGAUACAAAAACCCCAACCCGAUUCGAUUCGGCAUUCUUUCAACCGCAAUGAUCAACCCCGCGGGGAUCAUCCACCCGGUCGAAACUCACCCCGACGCCAUCAUCACAGCCAUCGCCUCUCGUGAUCUCAAAUCUGCACAAGACUCCGCGAAGAAGUACCAUAUCGAAAAGGCGUACGGAUCCUACGAGGAACUCCUUGCCGAUCCAAACAUUGAUGCUGUGUACAUCUCGGUCCCCAAUGGCCUGCAUGGGGAAUGGGCGAAAAAGACGUUUGCCGCGGGGAAACACGCUCUUAUCGAAAAGCCCGUUUCUGCGAACGGCGACGAGGCUGUUUCCAUCUUCGAGUCUGCAAAGCAGCACAACUGCAUCGGUAUGGAAGCCUUUCACUGGCGCUUCCACCCCGCCGCCCAUGUCGUCAAGUCCCUUGUCGAUAGUGGCCGUUAUGGCCGCGUCCUAGCUACACAGGCUCGCAUGACCUCGCCCGCGGGGACCAUACCCAAGGGUGACAUUCGGUGGCAGUGGGACCUCGCCGGGGGCAGUCUCAUGGACAUGACUUACACAGUAUCCGCCACGCGCUUCUUCCUUGGCGCGGGGACUCCCAGUUCCAUCGAGUUCGCCAAAGCGCGGACCCUCAAGGAUGACUCGCGCAUCGACGAAGCCAUGGAGGCGGGGAUGAUGUUUGAGACGGAGGGCGGGCCGGUGCAAAGCACGAUCAAGACGGACAUGAACCAAGCCUUUGUAGGCCACGUGGUCCCCAAGGUUUGGCAGUUGCCCUCCAUUCGAAUCGAACUCGAGCACGCCACCAUCUACUACUAUAACUUCAUGAUGCCGCACAUCUACCACUACAUCCAAAUUACAGAUAAGCGCACCGGACAGAAGAGCACGCAAAAGCACUAUUCCUUCGGCCCUCUUUGGGGUCCCAGGUCUGAGCCUUGGUGGAGCACCUACAGAUACCAACUCGAGGCUUUUGUCGACAAGGUGUCUGGAAAAGACCCAGUGCAUUGGCUGACGCCGCUUUACGAUACAAAGGGAAAAGUUAUGUGA